ACAAAGUUACCCUUAUAUACAGUGAUAGAUCCCUAUUAAUUUUCUGACGCAGAGUGUUUCUUGUCUAUACAUGGUCAUAAUUGAUGAGAUUAGGGACAGAGAGUUAUUACACCAUUUAUCACACACCUGUCUUAAGACACUAUUAACCAGGAAUAUUGAUAUUUUCUUAUUAUUUAGUCAUAAGGAUAUAAUAUUAACUCUUUGCCAUGCCGCGACCACCUGCGAAACGAAAUCGCUUGUCGCCUAAAGCGACAAACAAAGACAAUAAACCAGCUAUCAAUGAAGCAAACGCCCAAAAUAUAAAGGAGAAAGAUGUCAGCGAAGCUGGCGUGACAGCGGAAACCCCGGACCUAACAGGAAGCCAGACUCCGCUUAGCAAAGUCUUCCGGCAAGGAGUUGAACCAUCGUCAUCGAAACAACAUAUAGAAGCAAGCAGUCGGCCUCCUUCAAGACCUCGAGGGUAUUCGGCAACCCUUUCGCUGGCGGCGCGGAAGGGUGAUGGUAACUCUAGAGUCCCUGGUACUCCAGGGUUUGACAGUUCGAUAUUGAGCAAUUUUAGGAGAAGACCGCGACAGCACAGCAUCCUCCAGAUGAUGCAAGCAGAGGAUGGGUCAUCUGAAUUGGACGACGACGACGAUUUUCUUGGAAGUCUUACCCCCGAGGCUGAAUCAACACCCUUGAAUCAGCCAUGGAUCAAAGAAACACUUGUGAAUCCCUCUGCAGUGUCUCCCAAAUCACCUUCUAAUAGCAUACGACGGGGGGACGACACUCCGGAAGGCUUCCAAGAACCGCAGUCGCCCUCUGUUAUAGCGAGCGGCCUACGGGAUCGCUCGAUCACCCCAAGAAUUUUAGGCAAUGGAUUGAAUGCUCCAAUGGCCUCUCCAGAAUUAGCUGAAUACACAGACUCGCCAAGCCAGACAAUGGCACCGCCACUGAGCAGCAGCGUGGUUUCUAGCCCCCAGAAAACUGUUGAGGCAGUGAAUCAUGAGGAAUCGCCAUCUAAGGGUGACCGGGGAGGGAGAAAACCAAGGAACAAAAAGAAUCCCACUUCGACUCAAACUUCUCACCAUUUGUCCACCGCGUCUCUCCAAGAGAAGUUCCUCCCUCGACGGCACCAUUCACGGCGGAGACGUAGGGGUGAAAACGAUGGCAUCUCCGGCGAAUCUAGUGAUGACCUUUCGGACAGCACUGAAGUUGAUGGUGAUGACGAGUUGAGCUAUAUGCCUUCCAAACCACAUCGCUCACGCGUGGACCGGCAGAAUAAGACUAGAGCUUAUGCUCGGCCUAAGCUCAAGAAAACUGACAAAGAAAACCGAAAGAUAGGGGGAAAAGGGGUUGAAAAUCGAGAACAGACGGUGUUGAGGACCAAGAUCACCUAUGCCUCCCGCGAUGCAGUUGAGACUGGUCCCGAUAAAGAGAACCAAGAAGUCGAUGACUCGUCUCCAUUGUCAUCAUUGUCAUCAACUCCUGAUCCAGAUGCAAUCGAACCCAUCAUGCGCCCUUCGCCAACGGAUGUAUAUCCCAAGACUUUCAUAAGCAAGGAACUAGAAAUACAGGCCAAAAAGUUUAUGGAAGUUGACGAGUGGGAAAUGGACUUUGAGGAUGUUGCUUCUGUUGAAGGUCAGGACGCCUCAGCCAGAUGAUGUGUUGAUGAUACCAAUGUUUUACUAGAAUUUUACUUAUGCUUUGCAUGAUAAUUGAGGAUUAUGAACCUUAUCCCCCUUCAAAGCAUAUUAUUACUUGGAAAUAGAUCUCGCCUUCUAGAAGC